CCGCGUGCUCCAUGUCCAUCGCUCCUCCCGCACGCAAUCCAUCGAUGCACGGCGCCGUCGUCCAAGACCCCUCGUCCCCCGCCAUGGCCGCCGCCGUCGAUUACAUACCCGACAAGAAGCCCACCGCCAACUGCAGCAGCAUGCAGCAAAAGAGCAGCAGCUGCUGCAGGCUGGAGGGGAAGGUGGCCAUCGUGACGGGCGGCGCGCGGGGGAUCGGGGAGGCCAUCGUGCGGACGUUCGUGCAGCACGGCGCGCGCGUGGUCAUCGCCGACAUCGACGACGCGGCGGGCCAGGCCCUGGCGGCGGCGCUGGCGUGCUGCUACGAGCGCUGCGACGUGUCCGUGGAGGCGGACGUGGAGCGCACCGUGCGGCGCGCGGUGGCGCGGCACGGGCGGCUGGACGUGCUGUGCAACAACGCCGGCGUGCUGGGGCGGCAGGCCCCGGGGGACAAGAGCAUCCUGUCCCUGGACGCCGCCGAGUUCGAGCGCGUGCUGCGCGUCAACGCGCUGGGCGCCGCCCUGGGCAUGAAGCACGCGGCGGCCGCCAUGGUCCCACGCCGCGCCGGCAGCAUCGUGUCCGUGGCCAGCGUGGCCGGCGUGAUGGGUGGCAUGGGCCCCCACGCGUACACGGCGUCCAAGCACGCCCUGGUGGGGCUCACCAAGAACGCGGCCUGCGAGCUGGGGCGCCACGGCAUCCGCGUCAACUGCAUCUCACCCUUCGGCGUCGCCACCCCGAUGCUGAUCAACGCCUGGCGGCGUCGUGGCGACGGCGACGAGGACGACGACGCCAUGGCCGCCCCCAGUAGCUGUAGCUCGUCGUCGUUGGAUGUGGAGAAGAUGGAGGAGGUGGUGCGCGGGCUGGCCAAUCUCAAGGGCGCCACGCUGCGGGCCAGCGACAUUGCGGAGGCGGCGCUGUUCCUGGCCAGCGACGAGUCCACCUACGUCUCCGGCCACAACCUGGUGGUCGACGGCGGCGUCACCACCUCCAAGAACGUCAUCGGAUUGUAAGCAACAAGCUGCUGCAAUCUG